UGCGCUACAGCUACGCAGCUCUUCGUAGCGACGUAAACACGUGCACAUCGCUGCUUCCAGGUUAAAUUUUUUUUCAUUCCACCAUCAUCCUCGCGCUCUAGCAUCACUCCCUGGACAACAGCAGCGAUGGCGGAGCCACUAGCGUCGGAUGCAGCGGCCACAACGAACGCAGCAGAAGCGGCAGCAUCCCUGACCCCAGGCCUCUCUCCCGCAGCCAGCCCUGGCUCGGAGCCUCUAUCCAUGGCUCUGUCUCCCACGGCGGACGGCUCCCAGCGGCUGCUCUUCUCCCACGACCUGGUCUCCGGGCGGUAUCGCGGCUCAGUCCGGUUUGGCCUCGUACGGAUGAUCCACGGCGAAGAGGAUUUUAACUCAGACUCGGACCUCGACGAUGGCGGCGGAGGUGGAGGUGGAGGAGGAGGUGGAGGAGGAGGAGGAGGAGGAGGACGAGUCCCGUGUGGUUCGGACACUGAGAGCGGCGUGGAGACCCCGAGUCGGCCUCUCUGUAGGGGAUUUGUACGCGUCCAGUGGUACCCUGAAGGAGGGAAGCAGGACAUCAGGGAGACAAAGUUGAAACUUGAAGAUCGAUCUAUCGUAAUUAGAGACAUGGUGCGAAGAAACAAUUCUAAUGACAGCCAGUGUGGUAUUGUGACCAACAUUGACAUUGAGUGUGCAGUGAAACUAGUGGGGACAAACUGUGUUCUGUAUCCAGUUAACAGCAAAGACCUGCAGCACAUCUGGUCUUUUAUGUACGGCGACUACAUCGCCUAUGACUUCUGGCUGGGGAAAGUGUAUGACCUGACUAAUCACAUUAUCCUCAAGCUCUCCAACGGAGCCAGGUGCUCCAUGAGUGUGGAGGACGGUGCCAAGCUUUACGACGUCUGUCCGCAUGUCAGUGAUUCGGGUCUGUUCUUCGACGAGGCGUAUGGUUUCUACCCAGGUCAGGUCCUGAUUGGUCCGGCCAAAGUCUUCUCUAACGUACAGUGGCUGUCGGGGGUCAAACCUGUCCUGAGCAGGAAGUGCAAGUUCAGAGUGGUGGUAGAAGAGGUGAAAGUCGUCGAACUGAAGGUGACGUGGAUCACAAAGAGCUACUCUCCCAAAGGUUCAGACAGUGUCUAUCCCCCUCCCUCCAUCAUCACACAUGAAAAUCUCUGCAGGGUGAGGCGUCUAGGAUACUACGACCACACCCAGAGGCAGCUAGGAGAGAGGGCUCUAUACGUUUUUCCUGCUCAGGGGGACGCCAAGCGGAUCACCUGUGAUGGACCCGAGGGUGCCCCUGUCUUGCCCGAAGACCCCGUGGUCAGAAAGUUGAAAAGGAUGUUCAAGAAGGAUUUGGGGAAGAAAACUGAGAAUGCCGACGCACAAGGAGAUCAAAAAUCAGAGCAGACAGACACUUCUCAUCCCAACAACAACAACAACGGCCCCGUGGUGCCCUUCCAGAACCCUCCGGACUCCCAGAACACCUACGACCCUUCGGCUGAACACGGAGAGCAGGACGCUGACGACGAGGCUGCAGAAGACACUGACGAUACCAGCUCUCUGACGUCAUCGGCCAGCUCUACAGCCUCUUCUCAGAGUGGCGGUCUGGGAACCAACCGUAAGAAGAGCAUCCCACUCUCCAUCCGUAACCUGAAGAGGAAGCACAAGAAGAAGAGGACCAAGUUUUCCCGCGAGUUCAAGCCUGGAGACCGGGUUGCAGUGGAAGUUGUAUCCACAAAGACCACGGCUGAUGUGAUGUGGAAGGACGGGCGGGUGGAGAAGGGGAUCCGAUCAAACAACCUCAUCCCCAUCCAGCACCUCGACAGCCAUGAGUUUUGUCCCGGGGACUUUGUAGUAGACAAACGACCCCAAGCCCUCCAGGACCCGGGAGUGUACGGUGUGAUCCAGUCUGGUGAUCACAAGGGCAGAACAUGUGUCGUCAAGUGGAUCAAACUCAACUCCAGAAGCGACGACGUGGAGGUUUUCGGUAUGGAGGAGGAUGUCAGUGUGUACGACAUCGUCGAUCACCCAGAUUUCCACUUCCGCACCACCGACAUCGUCAUUAGAAUAUGGAACUCUGAGAACGGACAUGACUGCGAAAACGAUACGUCGGUCGGACAGGUGUCCAGGGUAGAUGUGAGCAGCAAAGUGGAGGUGGUGUGGGCGGAUAACUCCAUGACCAUUGUCUUGCCACAGCACCUCUACAAUGUGGAGUCUGAGAUCGAGGAGACGGACUAUGACUCGGUGGAGGAGACGAGCAGCGUCCUAUCCACUGAGGAGUGGGAGGACGAGAGCGACAGCUGGGAGACGGAUAACGGCCUCACCACUGAGGAAGACAGCCACGUCAACAAUGCAGACAUCAUCGACACAGCGACCCCGACCCCCACCCCCACUAGCUCCGCGACGUUCAUCAUCCCCCCUCAAGAGGGCAGCAAAGCUGGGGUCACCAGCCCCACUAAAGGAGCCCCUGGAGAGGAGGGAGAGGCAUCUGUGGCUGCUGCUAGUCCUGCUUCUGGAGGAGGAACCACUCCAGGAGCUGUUAAUGGCGCAGAGAAGCCCAGUAAAGAUGGCGCCUCUCGGGGCUUCAGGGAGUUGAAAGAGGCCCUGAAGAUCCUGGAGAGCCUGAAGAACAUGACUGUGGAGCAGCUCUGGACCGGCGGUUCUCCAACCUCUCCGACCUCCGCUGAACCCGCUUCAACAACUAAUGUAGCGAGUUCGGUGACGCCCACGGCCCCCGAGAAACCGACCAAGGAGAAACGUUUCCUUGACGACAUUAAGAAGCUGCAGGAGAACCUGAGGAAGACGCUGGACAACGUAGCCAUCGUGGAGGAGGAGAAGAUGGAGGCUGUGGUGGAGGCAGGGGGGAGCGGAGGAGCAGGGACAGAGGUAGAGAGAGCUGGAGAGGAAAAGCCCCAGCAAGAGCCGCAGACACCGGUUGGUGGACAAGAAUGGCCCAGUGAGUUUCUCAGUGAUACACCAGUACUGUGCCAACAGAGUGGUGGCAAGCCUGGUGUCACCUUUACUAGCGCCAAGGGAGAGGUGUUCUCUGUGCUGGAGUGGGCACCAGACACACACUCAUUUAAGAAAAUGGAGUUUCAGCCAGCAGAGGCAAAGAAAUUCUUCAGCACAGUGAGGAAAGAAAUGGCCCUACUAGCAACAUCACUGCCGGAUGGCAUCAUGGUCAAAACGUUUGAAGAUCGCAUGGAUCUGUUCUCAGCUCUGAUCAAAGGGCCGACUCGUACGCCCUACGAAGACGGUCUGUUCCUGUUUGACAUCCAGCUGCCCAACAUCUACCCGUCUGUGCCACCUCUGUUUCGCUACCUGUCGCAGUGCGGCGGCCGCCUCAAUCCCAACCUCUACGACAAUGGCAAGGUCUGCGUCAGCCUGCUGGGCACCUGGAUUGGAAAGGGCACAGAGAGGUGGACCAGCAACUUCAAUUCGUCUAGUCUGUUACAUGUGUAUCUUUCUGCAGGCCUUAUCCUCGUCAAUGAGCCUUACUAUAACGAGGCUGGCUUUGACAGUGACCGAGGCCUACAGGAGGGAUAUGAGAACAGCCGCUGCUACAACGAGAUGGCCCUGAUCAAGAUGGUCCAGUCUAUGACGCAGCUCCUUCAGAAUCCGGUGGAGGUUUUCAAACAGGAGAUCCAGGAGCACUUUGUUUCUAAUGGCUGGCGUCUCGUCCACCGUCUGGAUGCGUGGCUUGAGCUGAACGACGGUGCUGAGAGGGGGCAGGCAGCACACAUGUCCUCCAGGGCUCAACACUCCAAAGACAGAGCUUCAUCUGUGGAGCCUCUGGACGAGCAGCGUGGGGAGGAGGGGGUCACAGGAGUUACCAGUAUUAUGGAGGAGGAGCUGGAGGAUUCAGGGCUGAGUCCCUCCACUACAGUGGCCUCUCAGAAGGAGCUGAGCCAGAACUCAGACUGCGACAGCACCCAGGGGAGCACCUCUCUGAGUGGCUCCAUGGUCACUGGCUCUGUAGUCCGCGGCGUGACGUCAGAAUCAGGUUCAGUCACGGUUACCGGAGGAGGGGUGGGCUCCACAGGAAGCCAGCCGGUGGUGCGACCAAAGAAACGGAGAAAGAGCUACCGGAGUUUCCUGCCAGAGGGCAGUGGCUACCCGGACAUUGGCUUUCCACUCUUCCCGCUCUCUAAGGGGUUUGUGAAGAGCGUUCGAGGGGUGCUGCGGCAGUACCGUGCUGCGCUGGCCGCUGCUGCCAUCCCUGAGCACACAGAGGACAAUGUCUCUGCAGAUGAGUGUGAUGAAUAAAGAGGGGUGGACCUCACAUGCGCUCAUCCAUUUGCACAAACCUGUGGGAGCUUCCCCGUCACACAGGAACCCUCAUCUGUUCACGGACGCAGGUAAACACACUUUACUGGAGGCCAUUUCUCUUCUGGUUUCAGCAGGACUUUGACUUCAGUGGAGGUGGUGUGGAUGCAAAAAGGAUGAAUGAGAUGGAAAAUCAGUGCCAUGAACCCACUUCCACCCUCCUCAUCCACCUAGCCUCCGGCAGCAUCCACCAUAUGUGUGAGGAUUUGCUGGAUAAACCAGUCUGAAAAAUGUAAAGCAGACUUGUGAUCGCAUUUUGGACUAGGUCAAAUAUGGCUGAAAAACUGCAAAGCCCUGCUCACCUGGCUGUUGGGUGUACUGCGGCUAUCUGUAGCACAACUGAUAUAAUCGCUGCACCAUCCUGCACUACCACAAAAGAAUGGACAAUCUGGUCUGGGAGAGGUGACGCCGUAUAAAUACACUGGCCAGGAGUAUUCUUUUUAAAUAGAAAUCACUGGUUGUACGCUUUCUGCCAAAUUCUCUCUUUUCACACACAAAAUAUUAAAGUAGAACGUACUGAAUGUCAGUUAAACUGCCAACCACAACAGCUUCACCACUUCUAUACUGUACUUGCUGGUAUUUUCCUUCGCCAAUCACUCGCACUGAACAACGCAGCGAACACCGUGUGACAAGUUUACAUACGAAUCACCUCUGGAGGUCAGACUGCUGUAGCUGUUUGGUGUGUAGAGAAGCCUGCCAGGCACAGGAUGACAGUUAGGUGGCUUCAUAUGAAGGUGUGUGUGCUCUAGUCAAAGCCCACAGCUGCCGCCUCUACAUAACAAAAAGUUCCAUUCAUUUUCUGUAGAAUUUAGCAAAGUUGUUUGAUCACCAAAAUGGAACUUGUGCUUUGGUGUUUUGAUGCAUUUUAAGUCGUUUUACUCACAGAGGCUGAGGUGAAGGUUUCAGAGCGGAGCUUUACCCACAGUGCUCCACUUUUCUGUGACUGAGGUGAACCCACAUUACAUGCAACUGACACAAUUUAAAGAAUAAAUAGAAGAAAAAAAACAUUACAGCAUCCAUUCCGUCAUCUCAUAUCAACAUGUUGCCUUACUUGAAUUGUUCUUUAUAAUCUCAGAUCAUUGUGUACAGAGCUGCUUGCGUCAUGCUUUAGACAUUAACCUAUACAGGCCGAGACACACUGAAACCACUAAAGCCCUGUUCCAGUGUUUUCCUCUUUAAUUGUGCAGAUCUCUGAUCAGUUGUUUCUUAAACAUGAGUCUCUCACACUGCGGCCAUCUGCGUAUUCUGAUUUUUCUUCUCCAAAUUGCAUGUGCAGUUUGUUAGCAGAAUACAAACUACAAUCAGUGUGAUGCUGAAGGUUUGCUGAUAUUAUAAUAAUUUUUGCUUGAUUAUUAUUUUCUAUUAUUUAGUGUUUUACCUGACUUGAGCGUCUUAUCCCAUGAAGGUGACUGCGGACCCCACUGGCGAGAGAAAAUUACACAAACUACAGCACUCAGACAAAGCUUAAGGUGAUAUAACUUGUCUCUGAGCUUCUUUUCUUUCUUUACAUGGCAUAUAUUCAAUCUAAAUUAAAGAAAUCAAGGUUGUAUUUACCAAGUUACCAUGAAACUCUUACGCGGCGUUUUACUGUGAAAGAAAGUCAAACUCCCCUUUGGGUCCAAUCGAGCUUCCUGGGGAAAUCCGAGCAGGCUUUGUUUACUUUUUUUUUUUUUUAAAUUGCUGCAUUCCACCUUUAACAUAAUGCUCCUAUUUCGUUCAAGAUAUUAUGAUUCUCAUUGUAAUAACUAUUAUGAUGAUUAUAAGGUAGAGCGCUAGCUGGUAAUUUACUUGAACAAAGAACCUUGAUGCUGAAGAGUGUUUCUGAAUGAGAGAGCACAUUGUGCCAUUGUGAAACUAUGAGUGAUGGGAGAGGAUAAAAAACCAUGAGCCAAGAGCUGCUGUUUUAAAGAGACUUAAGUCAAUAAAAGUCUUGAAUGAGGGUAUUUUGUUUUGCUUUGUCUUCCAUUUUUUCCCAUGCAACUCUUAAAACUGGAACUCUGUACCAGAUGUGGCAAUCAGGCAUCCAUGAUAUUUUGUCCUCUUCCUUGGAUUAGACCUUGCCAUCAUUAUUUUGUUGCCUUUAAUGCUACAGAGAAGGAUGUGUUGUCUUCUCCACUGGCUGCUGUAUCUGUAGCACGUAGCCUUGUUCGCUUUCUUGUCUCUGUUUGUCCCGCCACUUGCUGCUGUUUGUAAAAUGUCACCUUCACAAUUCUUGUAGAAGUGUGUCAGAACUCAGUCUGAAGACAUAAAGCGUAUGGACCACGGUUCCCGAGUUGAGAGGUAACAUUACUGCUUCGUCUUUCACCCUCUUUCUCAUUUGUCUUCAGUCGCAGAAACAGAAAAUGUGAAGCUAUAUCUCGCUAGAUCUCGAAGCAAAAAAUCUGGCAGGAUACCAAGCACAUGAUGUGCAAUUUUUGGUGUAUGUGUGUAUAUUAUUCAAAUUUAAACCAUUAUUAUUAUUAUUAUUAUUAUUAUUAUUAUUACUAUUCUAAUUACUGCGAGGCGUUUGUUUUACAGCCAAAGCAUGUAACAUGUUGCUUUAAGCCUUUUGAACGGGCUACACACAAGACUUGACUGUACGAUGUCUACAUUUUCACAGUGGCCUGUUGUUGAUAUAUUAAAAAAAAAACUAAUAAAGUAAUGAUUUGUAGCCUGAUUCCCUCUGUACAGAUGUCAUGACUAUAUUGAAAUAUAUAAAUACAUACAGUAUAUAUUUAACACAAACCUGACAUGUCACAUGGAUGCUUGGGGCAUAUAUGUACAAAAUGCUGAGUGUGUAUUGUACUUAAGAUUUCAUUUUUUAAUGGUUUACUUUGUUGCGUUAAGACAACUGUAUAGUGAUGUAUUAAACUUUGCAAGCAGUGAAA